GCCUCUAAUUGUCAGCUGCAAGGUGACACCAAUAGUGGAUUUCAGCCCCCUAUCAAAGCACCGCAGGUAGCAUGUUUCUCAUAACAACUUAAAAUUUACCCUGCACGGUGUUUCACUUUCAGGAGAACCAUGCAUGGGCUGGCUAUUUCAGUACAACGACCGAAGGAAGAAAGAUGGAUUGAGGUACCCGAAAAUAGUGGGCAAUGGCCGUGGGGGCGAAAUCUACCAUCGCCCUCCUCAUGCCCCAUUCAAACUGCAGGGUCGUUGCCUUGUCUAGAACUGGGCAAUUGUACAUGGUUCUUUCGUGCCUUGUACGUAUCGCCUGCAGCUCCCGUGGGAGCUAACGAGUCCAUGGAAUGCCAUUUACAGGAUCUGAAUGGAGCGUCACAGUAUCUUGUUUAUCUGAAGCGUUUAAAAUAUGAAGCAGACAUCCAUGGUAUACUGUCUGGAAGACAUCCCGUUCAACUGCUUGGGCGUUGUCCCGCUACGACUUCAUACGGGGAUCAUCCUCCGGAUCGCCCCCAAUCUCACUCUAGAAUACGAAAUCUUUUCUCUCGGUUGGCCUUGGGUCGACUCCGCCCCCCAUGAAGGAUGUAGCCUCAGGAGCUACUUCAGGAACCUACCUAUUGCGGACGGCUUGUCAUGUCCUGAGUGGGCAGUGUCAGAGCCUUGGCCGGGCUCUGACCUAGUGUUGCUAAUGGCACACGGGAACUGUUGGUUGGGGGCCAAUGAUCCAUCCGACUUAAAAGGAUGAGAUACAUCUCC